GAGGAGCAGCUGGGCUCUCUUGGCAGUCACCAUGAAGGCGCUGCUCCUGCUCUGCUGUUUCCUGGCCUCCCUGCUGCUUUCAGGACAAGCAGAACUGCAAGUCUCUGCUUCGGGUGGCACGGAAGAUGUUGGCAAUUUGUUGGAGAAUCAUUUCUCUGCUGGAGACGCGAGUCUAGAGGAGAAGGAAAGGGCGCUUUAUGCAGAUGCGGCCCCUGGAGACAAGAACCUACUCCUUCACUACCCAGACGGCAGGGAGGCUGAGAGCUUGGAGCAGACUCCUGCAGGGGCCCCUUCCACUGCCAACGGCCAGGGCUCCGAAACCGAAGCUAGCCUGUCCAAUACCUCAGCUGCAGAGUCAGCUCCGCCUGGGGAUGUUGAAGGGCCUGGGGAGGAAGAGGAGGGCCCACAUGCAGCAGGCACCCUUCCUCCAGGAGGGAUUGAAGGGCCAGAAGAAGAGAGGCCACAGUUCAGUUCUGGGAAGGAGCCAGGGCAGGAGGAGGCUGGGGUGGGGGUUCCCACAGAGGGGGCUGCCAGUAUGGAGGCAGAAGUGCAAGAGGGAAGUAGUGGGGUCCCUGAGGAAUUACAGGGACUCUUAGGAGAUGGGCCUAUGAAUGAAGCAGCAGGGACAGCAGAGUCUGUAGUCACCCAGUCCUCUCCUCCCAUAGAGGGUAAAGAGGCAGAAGGUGAGGGCAACACAGGUUCUGAUCACCAAUCCACAGAGCUAGAUGGAACCCAGGAUGCCAUACCUGCCGGAGAUGAAUCGGAAGCCAGGGAGGGAGCAGAGGACAAGCCCCAGGACUACUCCCUGCAGUCAGAGGACACAGCCACUCCCGGGCCUGAUCACCAGCCCACAGACCUACAUGCAGCCUCUGACACGGCAUCUUCUGGAGUAGAGGCAGAAGAAGGUGCAGAGGAAUCAAAGGCUGAGGUGGACACAGAAUCUGGGGAGAAGGUUGAGGACCAGGGGGAGCCUAGACCUAGCCUGGAUGCUGGUUCAGCUAUAGAGGCCAAUAAACAGUCUGAGUACACCCAGGCAAGGGAGACAGAGAACGACUCUCCUGAGGGCCAGGUGUCAGGGAUGUCGGAGGAGGGCCUGGCUGAGGCCUCUUCUGAAGAAGAGGGUGGUGAAGAAGAUGGAAGUGAGAAUGGGGAAGUUCCAUUUAAAGAAGAGUCUGGAGAAGACAGUGGUGAUGGAGCUAGCUCAGAAGAAGAGGGGAGUACCCCUGGGGAGGCUGGAGAGCCCCAGAAAACACCAGGAGCCACAGGACAUGAGGAGGAAGGUCCCCAGCUUGAUGUGGAAGAUUUGAACACAGGGUUCGAAGGCAGCAAGACCCAGGACAUAGAAGCAGAGGCAUCCGAAGAGAGACAACAGGAGAGAGGGAAUCCCGUAAUUGCUCAAUGGGAGGUGGAGGAUGCGAGUGAAGAGGCUCCCCUGAGGGACCGCUCCCACAUUGACAAAACCCUGAUGCUGAAUGAGGACAAGCCAGCUGACGAUUACUCAGCGGUGCUGCAGCGACUUCGGAAGAUCUAUCAUACGUCCAUCAAGCCCCUGGAGCAGUCUUACAAGUACAAUGAGCUUCGGCAGCAUGAGAUCACAGACGGGGAGAUUACUUCCAAGCCAAUGGUGCUGUUCCUGGGACCGUGGAGUGUUGGCAAAUCCACCAUGAUAAACUACCUCCUUGGGUUAGAAGAUACUCGAUACCAACUUUAUACAGGUGCUGAACCUACCACCUCUGAGUUCACUGUCCUUAUGCAUGGGCCCAAGCUGAAAACCAUUGAGGGCAUCGUCAUGGCUGCUGAUAGUGCCCGAUCCUUCUCACCACUGGAAAAGUUUGGCCAGAAUUUUCUGGAGAAGCUGAUUGGCAUUGAGGUUCCCCACAAGCUUCUAGAACGAGUCACAUUCGUGGAUACACCAGGCAUCAUUGAGAACCGCAAGCAACAAGAAAGAGGUUACCCCUUCAACGAUGUGUGUCAGUGGUUCAUCGACAGAGCCGACCUCAUCUUCGUUGUCUUCGAUCCCACAAAGCUGGAUGUGGGUCUGGAGUUGGAGAUGCUCUUCCGCCAACUGAAGGGCCGUGAGUCCCAGAUAAGGAUCAUUUUGAACAAGGCUGACAACCUGGCCACGCAAAUGCUCAUGCGGGUGUAUGGAGCUCUCUUUUGGAGCUUGGCCCCUCUCAUCAAUGUCACGGAACCUCCACGGGUUUACGUCAGCUCCUUCUGGCCACAGGACUAUAAGCCUGAUACCCACCGGGAACUGUUCCUCAAAGAAGAGAUCUCUCUCUUGGAAGACCUGAACCAGGUGAUUGAGAACAGGCUAGAGAACAAGAUCGCUUUUAUUCGACAGCAUGCCAUCCGAGUCCGAAUUCAUGCCCUUUUAGUUGACCGCUAUCUGCAGACUUACAAGGACAAAAUGACCUUCUUCAGUGAUGGGGAACUGGUCUUUAAGGACAUUGUGGAAGAUCCUGAUAAAUUCUAUAUUUUCAAGACCAUCCUGGCAAAGACCAAUGUCAGCAAGUUUGACCUUCCCAACCGUGAGGCUUAUAAGGACUUCUUUGGCAUCAACCCCAUUUCCAAUUUCAAACUCCUCUCUCAGCAGUGCUCCUACAUGGGGGGUUGCUUCCUGGAGAAGAUUGAACGAGCCAUCACCCAGGAGCUCCCCAGCCUUCUGGGUAGCAUUGGGCUUGGGAAGAAUCCAGGUGCUCCUAACUGUGAUAAAACAGGCUGUGGUGAGACCCCAAAGAAUCGCUACAAGAAGCACUAGUUUCUGUGUAGCUAUUCUUGGGUCCCCACUGGUGAAUAAGCUUGUGUCCUAACUGUCUCAGAAGUCCUGGCUUGUUAACCCUUUGAGCCAUACUGGUGACAAUCAGUCUGCAUUGGAGAUUUGGGAGUUCAUUGAGGCUGGUGAAUCAGGGAAGGUUCUAGGGAGGAGAGUGGUAACUGUGAAUUAUAGUGUGCUUGUCAUAUUGCUUCAGUUAGAAGGCCUUGACACAGGCCAAGCCAGUCUACAAGGCUUCCUUUGCUUUUUCUGGGUCCUGUCUUAGAGAGACAGAGAGCAGCUAAAUUCUAAUGAAUAAUAAGAUAACGAGGGUCAAAUAAGCUAAACUCAGUGGAAAAUUCCUGAGUAAUAGAGGGUUCUCAGGUCUGUGUCAACUCCUCACACAUACAUCUUCUGUUUGAUCCCUGUCCCUCCUUGGCUCCCUCCUAAGCUUGGGUUGAUUUUCAGAAGUGGACAGACUCUUGAGUCUAAUCUUCAUAAAUUUUGAGCCCAACCUUGGAAUCUUCUCCAUGUUUUCCCAAGGGGUGGGGCAUCCAGAAAACUAAAACAUGAGUUUUCAAAUUAGGAUGUUGAUCUGCCACCCCAAGUAUAAUUUCAUUGAUGUCCCAGUUGGAGAGCUUAGAUACUUAGUUGUCCCUAAAAGGAGAGUGAGCGGGUGAUGUACUCAGGUACUUUCCCUCCUUAUGUGACUUACAUGAAGGUCCUGGAAGCACUCCCGGGGUUAAUUGGUUUGCGGUGUAUCUUUGUAUGUUGCAUGUCUUUGAAAGCUCAGAUCACAGAGGUGUUGGGUUUCAGAGAGGACAAUGGAGACCUUGCUCCUAGUCCUUGGAGGCUUCUCUGGACAGACAUUCUCCCAAGUUUCAGGGGAAGCUGUGUCCACAGCUUCUUUGUGGGAGCACUUGAUAGAGGACAUGUCUCUUCUGGUUCCCAGAACCAUGGUUUCUCUUUUCCUUUCUUCUCCAUUCCCUGAUGCAUUAAUACUUCCAACUGAGAAAAAGUCCCUGAAUCAGAACCAGUACCAGCCUUGGCAUUGGCACUGGUGCCAGAUAAGACCUGAGGUUCAGGUUCAACCUGAACUUCUGCAGAUGCCCACUGAAUGCAGUCAGGACAGCCAGGACCUUCAAACACCAGUGAAUGUGCACUUGAGGGCGUCAGACUUGAGGGCACAGAGAGAGGACUCCAGAGAGUCUUGCAUGGCACACAUACAUUGCCACCUUGAAGUGCAGGGGAGUGAGAGGCUCUGGGAGGAUGAAGAGAUUUUUGAUGGAGCGGGCAAGGUGAAGUUCAGCCUGCCUUGAGGGCUUUCUCUGAGCACAGCCAGCUGCUUUUUUGGGAGCAAGCUCUCCCGGGGGCCUUAGUUGUGAGGCAUGGGUUGGGAUCCGCCAGCACCAGGGUGUCAUCUAGAACAGAAGGAAAGUAGGUUGGAGAGCUGAGCCAGUCAUUCCUCCUAAGGAUCAAGUAGGUAGCAUAAGCAGUAAUCAAUGGAGACUACAUAGAGAACUUCAAUUUAGGAGUUUGUGUUUCUCUGAAUUCCUGGCAGUCUGGUGCCCCCUCCUAAGGGAGGCUACUGCUCUGGCUCAAUGUAGGGCCCAGGAUCUGCCACAAAUCAAAAGCCCCAGAGCUGCCAGGACACCGUUUCCAAGGAGUGAGUUUCUCCCGUCACAGUUAUUCAUGGCUAGGGCAGAUGAGCUGCAAUCUGUCUUGGAUUUUUCUUCCCAAACUCCUCCCCUCUUCUCUCUAUCAUGUGCUCUCUGGAGAGACUGUCUUUCCCACCCUUCUCCUUCAUGCCCCUCAUGCCUGUGGGUUUUGUGUGGCAAAUGUUUUUGCAGAAACCAGGGAAAAGGUUGAACUGUACGGACCUUGUCCUGGCUGUCAGUGCCUGCAUGCUUGGAGGAAAGCAGAUGACGUAAGGCCAAUUAAUUCUUACAGGAUUUGCAUUUGGGGGAAGACACCUUACCAGUAGUAUCCUCCUUUUGGAUUUUUCUCCAUCUAUUUCUUCUCUGUCUCCAUUUUGCUCCUCUCCUGCCCACAGGCCACUGACUGUCAGUACAGGUUUUUAGCACGUAUCCUUUGCCCAGCUCUGCAGAGAUGGAUUCUGAGCAAGUUCUGACUAUGGGCGUUUCAUCCCAGGAGAAGCAUGGGAUUCAGAGAUGUCUGUGCCUGAACAGUGGCUGACCUUUCCAGUGUUCUUUCCAUUCUGGUUUCAUCAGGGAGAACGUCUCAAUAAAGUUCCAAUCUCUCUUCAACGCCUUGGCCUUCUUGAUUGUCUCCAGCCAAGUGAAUUUCUUAGUUUCCUUUCAUCAAGUAGAGUAUUCUCUCUCUCUCUCUCUCUCUCUCUCUCUCUCUCUCUCUCUCUCUCUCUCUCUCUCUCUCUCUCUCCCUCCCUCCCUCCCUCCCUCUCUUUCUCUCUCUCUCUCUUUCUUUCUUUCAUUUUUUUAAAAAGACGUAUUUAUUUUAUGAACAUGGGUGCUCUGUCGGCAUGUAUACCUGCAUUCCAGAAGAGGGCAUCAGAACCCAUUAUAGAUGGUUGUGAGCCACCAUGUGGUUGCUGAGAAUUGAACUUAAGAUCUCUGUAUUCCCCAGAUCCUUCAGAGAAGCAGCACAGAUAGUGAUACCAGUUGGUUUAUGCCCUUUAUUAUACAGCUAUCUCAUGAUCUCUGUGGCUAUUGUGGAGUAAGAUCUGUUGGGAUGGUAAGGAUGGCCACCUUCCUCUGGCUAGCCCAGAAAGUCUCCAUCCCUCUAUUUGAAUGGGCAUGUGUAUUUUGAACAUGUCUUAACUCCCUGAGCCAGUAUCCAACCUACCACAUUUUAUAGUUUCUGGUGAAGUAAUCCCUUAAUUUGGAAGUUUUCUGUUCUGGGAUCCUCCCAAGAGGUUUUAUAAGCUGGUUUAAGAGCUAGUUUGAAAGGGAAAGAUGUGGGCCCUGGGGAAGAGGUAGAUGGUUAGAAAGAACCCACAAGGGAGAUCAGGACCCAUAAGUCUAGGCCACACCCACAUAGUUAUCCCUGGAAGGGUGCCAGUCAGUGGCUGAGAUCAAUGGGCUCUCUGGCUUAGGAGCAGUUGAUGCUAGGGCUGGACAAGUUGGCCAUGUUCUCCCAUGCUCACCUUAUGUAGGUCUGCUUUGAACAAUUGAACAACCUGACCUGCUUACCUGCUGCAACCUGGCCUCUCUCUCUCUUGCCUAGACCAGAAAUACAGAGCAUUGUCCUGGAAUAUGGAAGGCAAGCAACAAGGUCUUUUUCAAAGAGAAAUACAUGUAAUAGGCUAAAUUCUCCCUCAAAUUUGUUCUUUUCACAACUCAGGGUUGCCAUUAUGGGAGUUGAGAAAGGAACAGGAAGUGAAGAAGGCAGAACCGUAGGGCAUUCUAAACAUAGUCAGGAAGUGUGAGGGAUGGAGGUGAAAAAAAGUUGUAAGGACAUAUAUACAUGUUAUCUAGUGUGGUUACACAUACAUAUAUGCAUAUAUAUGUGCACACACAUGCACACACCCGGGACUCAAAAAAGCAUUCAAGCGAAGUCUGAGGGGACUGAGAAGCCGGUGAGAUGUGUGCUUUUGUGCCCAAAAGAUGCCUAAGUAUCUAGGGCAGUGUUGGACACACACUUGUAUGCUACUGGAAUGAAUAAAUAGAUGCUGAAGGAGAAGGUGACUUGUGUGUGUGUGUGUGUGUGUGUGUGUGUGUAUGUAUAUGUGACUGUGUAUGUGACUGUGUGUAUAUGUGUUUAUAACUCCAUGUAUGUAUGUGUGUAUGUGACUGUGUGUAUAUGUGUUUAUAACUGUGUAUAUAUGUGUGUGUGAUUGUGUGACUGCAUGUGUGUACCUGGAUGGCCCACCUAGGAUUGAGAUCGAGGAAGAGGCAUUCAAAGAGCAAUGCCCUGUCAGCUCCUGGCUUUGCAGGUAUGUCUUAGCCUUAAUCUCACAGGUAUUGGCAAUAUUUAAUGCCAGUUCCCCCUCAGUGACGUGACACAAAGCUUGGGCUUUUUCUAAUAAAAAGAAAUUGUUCUCUAGAAGAUCAUAAAGGUGACAAGGAGGAGACAACAGAAAGGAAAGAGACUAGUGGCCUAGAACUGUAUGCAGAGAAGGUGUGAUCAGUAGGUCUUGUCCUAAGGGAAAAUUCUCAGGCAUAAAAAGGGACUUUCCCUGUACCUGCUUGCAAUCUGGUAUGUAGUCUGUUUGUCUACACUGUGUAUAGGAUCCACAGUGUAGAAAAGAGUGUUUAUAGAGUAUUUCCUUUGUGCCAGAAACUGGGCUUCAGCCCUGUAAACAAAACACACAUCUAACAAAGAUGGGCUGAUCCUCUUACCUGUGUGUCCUGAGGCUUUAUAUGCGCAGGGAGGUCGCUGGCUGGCAGAGUUCAGAAAGCAAACGUCGUCACACUGCUUGGAAUCGAUUCUGGGCUUGCUACAGGAUGGCCUUGGGCAAAUGAUUAAACUGCAUUUCAGUCUCCUUACUCAUAAAAUGGAGACACUGUCAGUCUCUCCCUUACAAAAUUGUGGUAGGGAAUCAAUGACUCGGACAUGGAAUGUGCUUGACUUGACAUAGGACAAAACCAACUGACACUACUCAGUAAACUUUAGUCAUCAUUUCUAUCGUUAGUCAUAUCUCACCGAUGAGAGUGACUGUCAGAGUGGCCAGAAUGAAGGCAUGUGUAAAUGAGAGAGCUAAACUUCUACCCAGUGCCCAGCUCCCUGUUUGGCUCAGGCUGGGUUAUCUGUUCAGGAUUACAUUAGGUUACGCUGACUCUGACUCCAAGCCUUUUUCAAACUGGAGAAGAUUUGAUUGAGUUUCUAAGUGGUCAUUCAGUACUUCGAAUCAUUUUUUUUUAAGUUUGUUUAUGUAUUUACUUGGUGUGUGUGUGUGUGUGUUUAGAGGACAACUUUUGAGAGUCUGUUCUUUCCUUCCACCAUGUAGGUUCCAGGGAUUGACUUCAGGUUAUUAGGCCAGCAUAAAGUAUCUCUACUGGCUGAGCCAGCUUGCCAUCCCUACUAUACUCUUUUCUUCUUGUUGCUAUUGUUAUUAUUAAAAAUAGAUUUUAUACAAUAUAUUCUGAUUAUAGUUCCCCCUCCCCAACUCUUCUCAGAUAUUCAACCCACCCAAAUACAUACCCUUUUUUCUCUCUCUCAUUAGAAAACAAACAAGCAUCUAAAAUAAUAAGAUAAAGUAAAAACAAACCAGAAUAUGAGAAAACAGAUAAAUAGGGAAAAAAGAGCCAAAGAAAAAUCUUAAGAAACAUGUACAUUAGAAAAAGAUCUUUUUGAGAUAGAAUCUCACUAUGUAGCCCAAGAUGACCUUGAACUUGCUAUGUAGCCUAGUCUGUCCUCAAAUGCAUGGUCCGUCCCCCUGUCUCAGCUUCCCAUGGGGUAGGAUUACAGGUAUGUACCCCUAGGUCUAACUACUGUAGCUGAUGUGUGCUCAUCUGGAGCAUUACCCCAGAGUUCAUAGUACGCAUUUCUCAAACACUAAUAAAGGUGAUUGUGAACUUGG